AUAUCUUGAUAGUCCUCAACAUCCAAAUCUCCAUCUUCAGUCAACAGUGAUCAACUGAUCAUCCAUCCAUGGAGGUAGAUAGUCCAAUUCAUGAUAUCUCCAAAGCAAGAACACAAGUAUGGAAACACAUGCUCGUCUUCAUGGACUCGAUGUGUCUCAGGUGCGCCAUCGAGCUCGGCGUGCCAGACGCUAUCCACAACCACGACGGUCCCAUGACACUCUCCGAGCUCGUCCAAGCACUACCCAUGGCCACAACUCGAGCUCCAUUUCUCCGGCGCAUCAUGCGUGUUCUCGUAAACUCUGGUUUCUUUUCCAUUAAAGGAAAUGAAUCAGAUGGUAGCAAUGAAGAGGAGGUGUACUAUGACUUGACUGCCAACUCUAAACUGCUCGUCACUGGAAGCACAAACUCUUUAGCACCUCUUGUUCUUUUUGUAACAGGCUCGGAUGUGGGGAUGGCUGGACUUGCCAUGAGUACAUGGAUCCAAGCUAGUGAUGAUGAUGAUAAGAAUGAGACACCGUUUCAUGUGGCUCAUGAUGGGAACGGUUUGUUUGAGUUUGCAAGUGAGAGGCCUGAGUUCAAUGCUUUGCUGAAUGAAGGCAUGGCUUGUGAUAACAGAGUGCUUAUAGGAGAAAUGGUGAAGAACUGGGGUGAUGCACUCUUUGGUGGUCUCCGGUCACUGGUGGAUGUGGGUGGAGGUACUGGACUUGCUGCGGCGGUGAUAGUUGGAGCGUACCCGGAGAUGAAGUGCUCAGUUCUUGAACUCGAUCAUGUGGUGGAUGUGCAACCGGAGAAUGAAUUGGUUGAGUUUGUGAGGGGUAAUAUGUUUGUUCAGAUCCCUCAAGCAGAUGCUUUUCUACUCAAGGUAUGUUUUUUUUAUUGUGUUUUUUUUUUUUUAGUUUUUCCUUCGUGA